AUGAGUGCUUUUAUGCAACUUGAUGAUGAAGUAUUAACGCUAAUCAAACAUGCACCAAAUAACGAUGAUACUCAACGAGCAAUAGAUAUACUGAAUAGAAUUGAAGGUCGCGACUUGUUUCGUUAUAUUGGCUGCACUCAUCCAAAAGAAUCUUUAACAUGGCAAAAAGCAGAUUAUGAAAAGGCAUGUCAAGAGAUUAUCACCAAAUGUAAUUUUCCGAAGAGACAACCUAAACUGAGUGCUGAUAAACUGAUGCUACACAUGGUGGAUAUUGUUUUUGGAAAUCAAGGUCAAGAUCCAAUACUAAGUAUGUCGUGUUAUACAAAAGAGUAUCCGGAAAAGGCAACAAAAAUAUCACCAGAACAGAUAUCGUCAUUGAUAUCAGAUAAGUUUUAUGGUCAAGAAAUACGGCUCUAUUGUGACAAUCGUGAGAGAACAAUAUGUAAUAUUGUUCGAUGCGGUUUUAAACAAUGGUGCAUGGAAAAACAUUUUACAUUGCCGAGAGGUAGUGAACAUUGGAAAUAG